UUUGUGCAAUUAUUUUGCAUCUGCGCAACCAUUUUUGAGCAAUUUUUUCCAUCUGCGCAACUGUUUUUGCGCAUUUAAGGUGGGAAUAAUUUUACAUUUGCGCAACUGUUUUUGCGCAUUUAGAGUGGGAUGGGGAUGAUUUUUUGGUAUAAAAGAGGGCCAAUUCUAAAACAAAAAUCAUUCAACCUACUCCGAGUUUGGUGGAAAGCAUCUCCGAGAACAUCACCAGGAACCUGAAAUAAACAUGGAUCUACAGAGAAUUAAUGCUGUUGGGCGGAUGGAGAAAUUCCUGCCGACGAAGCCGCUGUCUGAGCUGACUCCUGGAAGCCAAUUUGCUGUCACAAUGCUGCGCAAGGUCCAAACAAAGUAUGGAGAGAGAAUUGUUGCCGAGUUGAACAAAAGUUUCAACGUGUUCCUACCUGCCCGGUUUGCAAAAGCUUUUGAAGUUGACAACACCACCUGGAUGUCAAUGCAGGAAGCAGCAAAUAACAAUAAGUUGCAAAUGAUUUACCUGGGAGGUGUUUAUAACAAUAUUGAAUUUAAUAUUAAUGUGUAAAUCUUCUGUAUAAUUAUUAAUAAUUUAAAAGUUUACAUGUUUAUAUGUAUUUAUGUGUUCAUACUUUAAUAAAAAAAAUCAAUUGACAAUUUAAUUUACAUUGUUUUU